CUACCUUGGCGAGAACAGUGACGAAGCACGGUGACGACUGCUUCGGGUUGAUGGCCAAGUCUUUAUAGUGACGAUAUAAGAAGACAUUGACUAUACCUCGAUGCAGAUCAAAAGCUAGGAUGUCAGUUUCAUGCAUGUUGACGUACAGGUAUACGACGCAUGAGCCAGGCAGCCGGGUUGUUCGAAUCAUUAGGAAUGAGGCUCAACUGCACAAGUUUUAUUGUACACCUUCAGUUGUUAUACCUGCUGACAUUCUCAUGGUCCUGGUCAUUCAUAAAGUCUAUCGGCUUGGCUCUUUUGGUCCAAAUUAGUUAUCUCACGUCCAAGACGAAUGGUUCCAAAAGCUUCAAUUGUAAGAAAUAGACAAUGGCCACCUAGCCAACCGAAAUGCGG